CGCUGGCAAACGUCGACCGCGGACCAGACCGAACAUUGCAAUUGCACAGUGUUGUCGUGCACAGUGUCGAACACCAUGGAACGUCCGUCGCCGAACAGUGUGCGGACCGCGAACGCGUUGGUCUCGUUGGUGGUGCUGUUGGCGUCUCAGCUACCGUUCGGCCGUCCGCAGUUGUCCAAGCCAAACAUUGUCAUCAUACUGGCCGAUGACUUGGGAUGGAACGAUCUUAGCUUCCACGGUUCAGACCAAAUUCCAACGCCCAACCUUGACGCACUGGCCUACCACGGUAUCACGCUGAACAACAUGUACACGCAGCCGGUAUGUACGCCUUCCCGGGUUGCCCUGAUGACCGGAAAGUAUCCAAUCAAAUUAGGCAUGCAAGGACCGCCGACCUACGGAGCCGAACCGAACGGGCUGCCGUUGACGGAGAAACUGUUGCCGGCUUACUUGAAAGGCUUGGGGUACUCGACAAAGGCGGUAGGGAAAUGGCAUUUGGGAUACUACAGGAAGGCCUACACCCCGACCCGCAGAGGAUUCGAAUCGCACAUGGGAUACUACACCGGAUACGUUAGCUACUACGAUUACAUACUUCAAGAUGUAUACAAAGACUAUGGAGAAUUCAGCGGGUUCGACUUGCGGAGAAACGACACUUUGGCAUGGGACUUGGUCGGCAAGUACGCUACCGAUGUAUUCACGGACGAGGCGGUGCGAUUGAUCAAGGAACAACCGGCCAGUAAGCCGUUGUUCUUGUACUUAGCGCACGUGGCCGUGCACACGGGCAACUACGGCAAGCCCUUGGAAGCGCCACAGUCAGAAAUCAACAAGUUCAAACACAUUGCAGACCCCAACCGGAGGACAUAUGCGGCGAUGGUUUCCAAGUUGGAUGAGUCGGUCGGACGGGUAGUGCAAGCGUUGUAUGAUAAGAAGAUGUUGGAGAACACAAUCAUAGUGUUCAUGUCCGACAACGGUGCGCCUUCUUUCGACGAUUCGGGCCGGAAUUUCCCGGCAAAUGCCGGCAUAACGCCAAACUGGGGUUCUAAUUUCCCAUACAGAGGGACCAAAAACACAUUGUGGCAAGGCGCCGUCAAAAGUGCCGCCAUUGUUUGGGCUCCACAGUUCCAACGGAGUCCUAGAGUAUCUCAACAGCUCAUGCACAUCACCGAUUGGCUGCCAACAUUGUACACGGCAGCGGGUGGCAAUACCGAAAUUCUACCAAAAGACUUGGACGGAGUCGAUCAAUGGAUGCCGCUAACGUUAAAUACACCGUCCCAACGCAGGGACGUUUUGUUAAACAUAGACGAGAAGCUACGGUACGCUGGCAUAGUAAAAGAUAACUGGAAGCUCGUUAUCGGUUCGACGUUAAACGGUACGCUGGACGGUUUCUUCGCCGCCGUCAGGUCGCAGAAACAGUACGACGUGAUGGGGGUGGUGGAAAGCGUGACGGCCAGAGCACUGUCUAGGGUGUCGGACGCUCUGUUUUUGCCCAAACCCGAACCCACCGACAUGUUGGCUCUCAGGUACGAAGCCACGGUCAGGUGCGGUCCCUCGGCCGGACCCAGAGCCCCGUCGCCGUGUCCGCAGGGCGAGGCCUGUCUGUUCGACCUGCUAAACGACCCUUGCGAGACGAGGAACGUGGUCAGGAAAUACCUGACGGUCGGCAUUGACCUGUACGAAAAGCUUAAGGAAUACCGAAGACAGUUGGUGCCGCAAACCAACGUGCCGUACGACGUGGCAGCCAACCCGGCUCGUUUCAACAACACCUGGGUCAGCUGGGUGUACUGAAUGGCUGUCGUCGUUCCAGUAAAAGGCGCGCCUAUCCCCGACUAUUACACACUAUUAUUAUUAUUAUUAUUAUUAAACACGAUGGUGAUAACGAUAGUGUGUACCAACUGUAUAGGAUAGUUGAAGACUCGUCAACGAGUUCGGUGUAUGUUAUAAAAAAAAAAAAUUGUUCAGGAGACGCAAAUAACUGAACAGGAUUACUUGAUAUCGGUUUAUGUUAUCUAAAAAAAUUACGUCUUCGUGUUGGCAACAUUGAGUGUUAUCAAUUAAUCGAAUAAAACGGUUUUUGAAAAUUUUUUUUAACAUACGCCGAUCUCGUUGAUAAGUCUUCAAUAAUUAUUAUUCGUAUUGAUAUAUUUUUAAUGUAAUAGUAUCGUUAUCACGCCAUUGCAGCAUUGUGCCUAGAACGUGCAUUGGGAAAUAGUUUCAUAAUGUAUAUACACUAAUUCAAUAUGAUAUAAUAGCAUAUAAUACCGGGUUAGGUCUUUUAACGCCCUACGCUAGUUUACACUCUUAAAAUAAUUACAAUUUUUUAGUUAUUCUUUUUGAAAGCAUUUUGAAAAAUAAAUAUUCAAAACUGGUUAUCGACCAGUCAAUUUUUGUCAGUAAAUUAUUCUUAAUUUAAAAAUCCAAUUCAUUAUAUUAUAUAUGUUACCGUUUAAGUUUCAAAAGUUGAUCAGAGCUCUAGCAAAUAACAAACAAGGUACAAUCAAAAGAAACACUACAAAAUUGUAAUUAUUUUAAGACCAAACUAGUGUAGGGCGUUAAAAGAACCAGCCGGUAUUAUGUAUAUUAUUAUUAUACAUGCAGCGCGCUAUUCAUCAACAGUGAUCCAUCUUCUAGAUACAUUCAAAAAUUCCAAUUAUUAUAAAUUAAAUCGUUCGGUUUCAAAUUUGCAAUUUUCGCUUUCCCAAACCGAUUAAUACCGAAUAUAUAUCAUUAUAUAAUCCUGUUGGCCCGUUUACAGUAUAAUAUUAUCUAUGAAUUCGAGAAUCAAACAUUAGCGUUUACAUUUUGAAGAGGAAUUGUCUUUUUUCUCUAAAAAUUAUUAUUAAAAAAAAAAAAAAAAAUGUCUGAUUAUUUAUAACGCCAGUCGAUGUACAAAGAGAAAAAAAGAAAUUUAAUUUCAGGCGAUAUUAGAUGGCUCACGGACUGAAAAUAACGCUCUAGUAUACAAUAAUUAUUAUUGUGUGGUACAUGCAAUGUCGUUAGGCGAAUAUUUUCCAAAGUAAAAUUAUAUAAUUUAUUGUAUAUUGUUACGGCGUGUGGCUUUAAGUAUAAAUUUCUUUUUUGACGUUUCGUAUAAAUCGAAAUGUGUUUUAUUUUUUGUUAAGAUAUUAUGAUGUAUUAUUAGUUAAAAUUUAACUAGAAUUGUUCAAUGUUUGUCUAUAUAUGA